UAGAAACGGAGGGACCGAUGUGAAAUAGACUAGAUCUAGUCAUAUUAUUGGUUUAUCUUUGACGACAUGGCUUGGUCAGGUGAACAGAAACGAAUCGAAAAUAAGAAGAAGAAUCUUGAUACUCGAAUAAAAUUCAGUUCAUGGACUCCGAUGAACCAUGCACCUACCAAGGACAAGGUUUUUGAAGAAAGGAGAGAGGUCAUCCAAAAAUGGUUUGACAAAUGGACAGAUGGACAGAAGAGGAGUGUGAUAGCAGACAUCGUGGAGCGCUGUACAAUGACCCAGCUUCAGUACACUAAGUCCUUGGUCAAAGUGCAGCUCCCUGUUGAGCGUGUGGACUUCACCAGGGUCUUACCUCGAGCGCUCAGUCUCUAUAUCUUCUCUUUCCUGGAUCCAAGGAGUCUCUGUCGAACUGCUCAGGUUUGUUGGUACUGGCGCUACCUGACUGAGCUGGACCAACUGUGGAUGCCUAAGGCACUCAAGCUUGGCUGGUACCUGACAUUCACUCCUAGCAUCUACGAGACAGGGGUCUGGAAGCGACACUAUCUAGAGAAUGUCCGCAGCCUCCACUACCUCCCUCCCAAGGAUGCUCCGAAACAGAAGCAGGUAACGAUCAAUGGCAACCAGGAGAACGAUCCCAAGAAGACGGUCACCCCACCUAGGAAGACCGCGUGGUCCACAAAAAGCAAGCCCCCCAAACCACUCCAGCACAAACCCUGGAGGGCUAAUGCCCCUGUUGCCACAGAUACCCAUCGCAAUAAUUACUUGGAUAAUGAGGAUGAACUGUUGGUAGCAAGGCAAAGGAGAAUGGAGAAGAUGGAAGCCAGUGGACAAAGAAGACCGCAAAGUGCAAUGACUCCUGAUAAAACAGGGAAUUCCCCUAGUAUCAAGAGUAGCAGUGCAUCAAAGACACUCCCAUCAACACAGUUUAACGCUAAGCUGAAGAGAGCCAGAUCCACAUCUAAUAUUACUAAUGAAUCAUCCAGUGGUAGACCAGACUGGGCCCAAACCAAUGCAGGGGGCGACGCCUCUAGAAUAACAGCCAAUCAUAUAGGAGGACUGGACGCCACCGUUAGACCAGCUCCCGUCCUUAAGCCAUCUCGUUCAACCAACGCUCUGAAUAGAUCGGAGAGAGACCCAUCCAGUGGGCCUCAAUUUGCAGCAAAAGGAUGGAAAACGGUCGAGUAUUCGGAUGAUGAGAGUAUAGGCUGAUUGAGAGAGCCAAUCUAAACCUGUUUGUGCUGCAAUAUAGAUGUACUGCCAGUGGAUGGAACAGAAGAAACAGGUGCCUGCUUUGAUAACGUUCCAAGACCUUGGAGUGUUUAUGUUUGCUAUGGUGUAAGAUCUGAUUCCAGGAUGUACAUUCCCAUGUCAGUUAUGUUCAUUUCCUUGAAGUUUACCUAACCCGCUUUUUGGUAAAUGAAACAGUACUUAUAAUGUUUUUACUGAAUUCCCUAGUCAUUCAUGUAUUGUAUUCUUUAUAAAAGCAAGAUUGUAUUCAUGGCAAUACUCAUUGCAAGGUCAGAUGAAAUAAUGAUGACAUGAUUACUUUAAAAAACAACCAGAAUAUAAAAGACUGAAUGUGGAAGAAUAAUGCAAGUGCAGUCACAUUCAUUAAAGCCCGUCUGUACUAGUUUGGCCAGAGGAUUAGACCUCCUUGCAAGGUCACUGACAGGUGGUUAUCUCAU